UGCGCAGGCGCGAUGAACGAGGGCCCGCUGCAGCUUGGUGCGCAGGCGCCCGGGGCGCUGCUGGCUGUAGGAGCAAUGGACGCGCUGGAGUCGUUGUUGGACGAAGUGGCCCUUGAGGGGCUUGAUGGCUUGUGUUUGCCCGCUCUGUGGAGCCGUCUGGAGUCCCGAGUGCCUCCCUUCCCGCUGCCGCUGGAACCCUACACCCAGGAGUUUUUGUGGCGUGCUCUCGCCACUCAUCCGGGCAUCAGCUUCUAUGAGGAGCCUCGGGAGCGCCCCGACCUCCAGCUGCAGGACCGGUAUGAAGAGAUUGAUUUGGAAACUGGAAUUUUGGAGUCGCGGAGGGACCCCGUCCCUUUGGAGGAUGUCUACCCCAUUCAUAUGAUCUUAGAGAAUAAGGACGGCAUCCAGGGCUCCUGCCGGUACUUCAAGGAAAGGAAGAACGUUACCGGUAACAUCAGGACCAAGGCUUUGCAGCCUCGCUGUACAAUGAUGGACGCGUUUGACAGGUGGGGCAAGAAGCUGAUCAUUGUUGCUUCCCAAGACAUGCGCUAUCGAGCCCUGAUAGGCGCAGAGGGGGACCCCGACUUGAAGCUCCCCGACUUCUCCUACUGUAUCCUGGAGCGACUAGGCCGGUCCAGGUGGCAAGGGGAGCUGCAGCGAGACCUUCACACCACCGCUUUCAAGGUUGAUGCUGGGAAGCUUCAUUAUCACAGGAAAAUCCUCAACAAAAAUGGGCUCAUUACGAUGCAGUCGCACGUGAUCCGCCUGCCCACGGGAGCUCAGCAGCACUCCAUCCUGCUGCUUCUGAACCGGUUCCACGCGGACAGGAGGAGCAAAUACGACAUCCUCAUGGAGAAGCUUUCGGGGACACUGAGCGCGCGGAGUAACCAGACCGAAACACUGGGCAAGCUGCGGGAGGAGCUGGGGCUGUGUGAGAGGACCUUUAAGCGUCUGUACCAGUACAUGCUCAACGCCGGGCUGGCCAAGGUGAUAACCCUUCGCUUGCAAGAGAUUCACCCCGAAUGUGGACCUUGUAAGACCAAGAAAGGGACAGAUAUCAUGGUCCGGUGCCUGAGGCUGCUGAAGGACUUCAAGAAGAAGGUGGAAGAUGACCACGAUGACGAUGACGAUGAGGAGGUCAUCUCCAAGGGCGUGCCCCCGGUGGACAUCGUGUACGAGCGGGACAUGCUCACACAGACCUACGACCUCAUUGAGCGCAGAGGUACGAAAGGAAUUUCCCAGGCCGAGAUUCGCGUGGCCAUGAACGUGGGAAAGCUGGAGGCCAGGAUGCUGUGCCGGCUGCUUCAGAGAUUCAAGGUUGUCAAGGGCUUCAUGGAGGACGAAGGGCGGCAGCGGACCACCAAGUACAUCUCCUGUGUCUUCGCCGAGGAGAGCGACCUGAGCCGGCAGUAUGCACAGGAGAAGGCCCGGGGCGAGCUGCUGACCACCGUGAGCUUGGCCUCCAUGGGCGAGGAGCCACUGCCGCCCGAGGGCGAGGACACCUUUCUCUCGGAGUCGGACAGCGAGGAGGAGGGCAGCAGGGGCAGCAAGCGCAGGGCCCGGGGAGCGCAGGGCCACGCGAGGUCCUCUGUGGAGUUCGGGCCUGGCUGCCAGCCUCAUCACUCCACCCCGACCAAGGGUGGGUGGAAACUCCUCAACCUUCACCCCUUGAAGAAGCCGCUGCCUUCCUCCCCCGGGGCUGCCGAGGAGCGCACCUCCCGGACCUCUGGGGGCAGGGACGCCCUGGACACCAGCAGCUCUUCGGACCUCAGCAUGUCCUUCGGCUCCCACUGCAUGGAGAGCAGCAGCGGUGACAUAGCCAUGAUUGAGGAGGUCCGGGUGGAUAAUCCCAAGGAGAGUGGCAGCUCCCAGAAGGGUGGGAAGUACAGCACAGGCCUGGAGAAGCCCCACAAGACUUACCGGCUGCUGAAACGCCGGAACCUGAUCAUAGAGGCCGUCACCAACCUUCGCCUGAUUGAGAGCCUGUUCACGAUCCAGAAGAUGAUCAUGGACCAGGAGAAGCAGGAGGGCGUGUCCACCAAGUGCUGCAAGAAGUCCAUCAUCCGCCUGGUGCGGAACCUGUCUGAGGAGGGCCUCCUGAGGCUGUACCGGACCACGGUCAUCCAGGACGGCAUCAAGAAGAAGGUGGACCUGGUUGUGCACCCGUCCAUGGACCAGAACGACCCCCUGGUGAGAAGUGCCAUCGAGCAGGUUCGCUUCCGGAUCUCUAAUUCAAGCACAGCCAACAGGAUCAAGGCUCUGCAGCCUCCAGCAGCCACAGAGGAGGCAGAAGAAGAAAGUCAGGGGCAGGAGGAGCCCAGCGGGUCAGGAGACACCGAUGCGAAUGCUUCCUCCAAGCCAGACGGCGUGCGGGCCAAAAAGACGGAUGAGAAGAUGGGAAUAGCCCCGAUGAAAGACUACCAGCCCGUUGUUGUUCCCGGCCUCGGCCGCUCCCUUGGGUUCCUGCCCAAAAUGCCUCGCCUGCGGGUAGUGCACACGUUCCUGUGGUACCUGGUCUAUGGGCACCCGGCCAGCUACAUGAUGGACAAGAUAGUGUUCGGCAGUGAGAGGAGAGGAAGCAGGGACAAUCCCGACGCCACCGUCACCUGGGAGGCCGAGGUGGAGCUAUCCACAGAGACAGUGUACGUGGAUGACGUCUCCUGGAUGCGCUUCGUCCCGCCCAUCCCGGUGCAUAGGGACUUCGGCUUUGGCUGGGCGCUUGUGAGUGACAUCCUUCUCAGCCUGCCCCUCUCCAUCUUCGUCCAGAUCGUGCAAGUGAGCUACAAGGUGGACAACCUCGAAGAGUACCUGAGCCACCCUGUGAAGCAGCACACGCUGAUCCGCUUCCUCCCCAGGCCCAUCCGGCAGCAGCUCCUGUACAAGAGGCGCUACGUCUUCUCGGUGAUGGAGAGCCUGCAGAGGCUGUGCUACAUGGGGUUGCUGCAGUUCGGCCCCACAGAGAAGUUCCAGGACAAGGACCAGGUCUUCGUCUUCCUGAAGAGGAACGCGGUCAUCGUCGAUACCACCAUCUGUGAUCCGCAUUACAACCUGGCGCACAGCAGCCGGCCCUUCGACCGGCGGCUAUAUGUCCUGAACUCCAUGCAGGAUGUGGAGACCUACUGGUUCGACCUGCAGUGCAUCUGCCUCAACACCCCACUAGGUGUGGUGCGAUGCUCGGGUGCCUCCAGGAACAGUGCAGAGCAGGGCGGCGAGGAGGGCGGCCUGAGGAAGGAGCAGGAGAGCGCCAUUGACAAGCACAACCUGGAGCGCAAGAGUGCUAUGCAGGAGUACACCAUGGGCAGCCGCGAGGUGGUAGAUGAAGGCCAGAUCCCGGGCGAUGGGCUGGGAGCCGCUGGGCUCGACUCCAGCUUCUAUGCACACCUGAAGCGCAACUGGAUCUGGACCAGCUAUAUCAUCAACAAAUCCAAAAAGGAGAACAACACUGCGGAGAACGGGCUCACGGUGAGGCUGCAGACAUUUCUGUCCAAGCGCCCUCCGCCCCUCGGAUCUGCAGGCAGCAGCAAGCAGGGCCUCUGGGGGGAGGCAAAGGCUGGCGAUGAGCCCUCUGCCCACCAGGAGGAGCAGGUUGGGACGGAGCGUGAGCCCACGCAGGGCCGCAGCCACAGGGUGAAGGGUGGCAGAAACCAGAAGCGCAAGCGGCUGAAGAAGGACCUUGGCAAGAAGAUGAAGCGGAAGAGAAAAGAGGAGGUCCCAGGAACCACAGUCAAAAGGACACGCUACCACGACGAGGCUGACCAGAGCGCCCUGCGGAGGAUGACGCGGCUGCGCGUCUCCUGGACCAUGCAGGAGGACGGGCUUCUCAUGCUCUGCCGGAUCGCCAGCAACGUCCUCAACAGCAAGGUGAAGGGCCCAUUUGUCCCCUGGCAGGUUGUGAGGGACAUCCUACAUGCCACCUUUGAAGAGUCACUUGACAAAACCUCCCACUCAGUUGGACGGAGGGCUCGCUACAUCGUCAGAAACCCACAGGCCUACCUGAACUAUAAAGUUUGCCUGGCUGAGGUGUACCAGGAUAAAGCCCUGGUUGGAGAUUUCAUGAACCGAAAAUGUGACUACGAGGACCCAAAGGUUUGCGCCAGCGAGUUUAAAGAAUUUGUGGAGAGGCUGAAAGAGAAGUUCAGUUCCGCUCUAAGGAAUUCUAACCUUGAAAUCCCAGACACACUGCAGGAGCUGUUUGCCAGGUACCGAGUGCUGGCAAUUGGAGAUGAGAAAUACCAGAUGAAGCAGGAGGACGAGCUCAGCAGCGUGGAGGACAUCCACUUCCUGGUGCUGCAGAACCUGAUCCAGAGCACGCUGUCCCUGUCCAACACCCAGAUGAAGUCCUGCCAGUCCUUCCAGACAUUCCGCCUCUUCCGUGAGUACAAGGAGCCGGUGCUGGUACGGGCCUUCAUGGAGUGUCAGAAGAGGAGCCUGGUCAACCGGUGCCGCGUCAACAACACUCAGGGCCCCAAGAAGAACCGGGCCCUGCCCUUCGUGCCGAUGUCCUACCAGCUGUCCCAGUCCUACUACAGGCUUUUCACCUGGCGAUUUCCCAGCACCAUCUGCGUAGAAUCGUUCCAGUUCUUUGACAGACUCCGGGCUGCCGGCAAGCUGGACCAGUCGGAUCCUUUCUCCUUCAAAGACCAGAAUGAUGGAGACCCCCCGGCCGACAUGGUGGCCUUUUCUCUGGACAGCCCUGGAGGGUACUGUGUGACCGCCUUGACCCUUUGGUCUCUGGGCCUCAUCUCUGUGGAUGUCAGGAUCCCGGAGCAGAUCCUGGUGGUGGACAGUUCCAUGGUGGACAGCGAGGUGAUGAAGAGCCCGGGGAAGGACGGGUUGGAGGAAGAGGAGGAUGAAGAGGAAGACUUGGACGAAGGCGCAGGAGCCAAGCGCCCAGGGGUGGAGGUGAAGGCGCACCAGGCCUCACACACCAGGUACCUGCUCAUGCGCGGCUGCUGUGUACCUGGUGUCGUCAGCAACCGCAACCUCAACCCCAAUGACAGCGUCGUGGUCAACUCCUGCCAGGUGAAGUUCAGGCUUCGCCGCACGCCCCUCCUGUCCGUGCAGCUCAGGCCUGCUGACCCUUCUCUGCAGGAGCUGACACUGGGCGCCCCCUACCUCCCGGCCUCCUUCACCAGGCUGGUAGAGCCCCCAGAAAGUGUGUUCAGCUUGGAGGAGUUUGUCUGCCAGGGGCAGCUUUCUGGGUACAGCCCGGAAGACAUAACGGCCGCCCAGGAGAUCUGGGAGGCCGUGGUCUCUGCAGGCUGCUUCGGGAUUGACAAGGAGAAGCUGGGCAGACAGUUCUCAGCCGUGCAGACGACAGCAGGCUCCAGGACAUUCCAGGACUACGUCCAGGACCUCCUGACCUGGCGCCAGGUGCUGGAAGUCGGCAGCAACACGGUCCGCCUGGUGGCCAUGGUCUUCGCCCGGCCCUGGCUGCUGCACUCGGUGCGGCUGAGAGACACAGAGGAGGACGCCCCCGCUCAGCAGGAGGCCACCCAGGCCGGGCGGCCCAUGGGACCUCCUCCCAGCCCCUCGAGCACCAAGCAGCGGGCUCGCCAUCACAGCCAGAGCAGUGACGCUGAUGCUGAGUGUGCCCAGAAGCCCCCUGCGAAGAGGCCCAUGCUCCAGAAUGUUCCCUGGGCCCCCAGCCCCAGGCUCGAGGCAGGAGAGGGGUCAGAGCCCCAGGCCUUGGCCACGCUCCCAGCUCCUGAAGACCCAGGUGCAGGGGAGGACGUCGGUGGAGCCAGCCGCCCCGGCCCCGAGCAGCUGGGCAGUCAGCUCCCCGAGGGCUCAGAAGACCCCAGAGGGCUCUUCAGUGGCCUCUCCACAGUGGCCCGGGACAGGGACCGUGAGAACAUCUGCUUCAUCGGCCGCCCGUGGCGCAGCGUGGACGGCCGCCUCAACACGCCGGUGUGCAAGGGCAUGAUGGAAGCCGUGCUGUUCCACAUCAUGAGCAAGCCGGGGCUGCCAGAGAGCAGCCUGCUGCAGCACUACCAGGGCGUCCUGCAGCCCGUCGCCGUGCUCGAGCUGGUGCAGGGCCUGGAAUCCCUCGGCUGCAUCCGGAAGCGUGUGCUGAGGAAACCCACGUCCCCCUCGCUUUUCUCCAAGCCCAUGGAGUUGAAGCCCAGGGCUGAGGUGUCCUUGGGCCUGAGUGACAGCACCACAACCUUCUACGAGCCCACGCUGGACUGUACCAUCCGGUUGGGCUGUGUCUUCCCGCCCACGGUCAACUGGAACAAGUGGGCCCACUUGUAGGCACGUGUCUGUCCACUGCCCUGCUACCCCAUGGACGCACACUCUGCCCACCGGUGCCCCUCACAGUGGUCCAUGCCCAGCCAGACCCCUCACCCUGGCCCAGGCCUGUGUCCUGCACUCACUCAGUGGAGCUGCCACAGCCUUUCUAAGCCCAGGCUCAGCUGGGAACCCGGGCUCCGGAGGGCUGGGCCCCAACUUCUGCCUGGGAGCAGAGAUGCCCCCAGGCACCCCCUCCCUGGACCUCACUUCUGCCACCUGAGGCUGCUGAGCAGCGCCCUGGGCUGCUACACGGCCCAGACUCCAGCCACCGCAGCAGGUGGCCUGGCUCUCCUAAGUGCCCAGGUGCCGCUGGCAUUCAGGGCCUGUGGCAGCCCAGUGUGGAGGCCCCGCAGAGCCGUGGCCCCGGUCCCAGUCCGACCUGAGCAGCCCGGGUGCUGCUCCCCCGCCCCACUGCUGAUGCCCGCCCGACAGGAGGAUCCCGUAGGUCUUGGUUUGGUUCCUUUAGUCUCCUUCCUUAUUAUGAGUGAGCCCAUUGGCAUGUAUUUAUUUAUUUUUUAAUUAAAGUGAAGA